CCUCUGUUCGUACAACUGACAGAUCUCGCUUUUACUCGGUGAGAUUUGACGUUUCCUUCACCUCUUCGAACAGAAAUAUGCAAAAUGGAUUUCCAAAGAGCAUCAAACUUAAGGGUUUCUUUCUAGCAGUCAUUUUGGUGGAGAUUUCGAACUCAUUGAAAAACCAUGAUGCGCUCAGAGAAAGUGCUGGAUAGCACUGAAACUAAUGACGCAAUACGAAAACGACCGCGCAGUGAUCUAUCGUCUCUUCAUCCGAAGUUAUUUGGGAUCAUAGCCGUGGUUGUCUUUAGCUUUCCCGUGGUUUCUACUAAGCCGACGCCAAGCCAGACAAAUCCUUGCAAACCAACCGAAUACUGGGUUGAAAAAGAAGAUGGCUCACAAGAGUGUAUAGCAUGCGGAACUUGCCCAGAAGGACAAGGUCUCUCAACGGAAUGUGGGAGUUCUGAACUGCUGCCUUCUAAUACCAUGGUGAAGUGUUUGGCAUGCACCAAAGGAGUUUCAUUUUCCAGAUAUGAAGAUUCGUCCAUUUGCCUUCCUUGUGCAUCAUGCUCUAAAGGUCAGGUGGUAGAACAAAGCUGCUCUCCCAAGUGGGAUGUCAAGUGCGCAAAUAAAUGUUCCAGCAAGGACAGGUAUUAUGAUAUGGACAAGGGGGACUGUUUUAAGUGCUCAAGAUGCUGUGGCGAUGAUAGAGAUGUGGUGGUAAAAGAGUGCAAAGAGAAGUUGGGAGAUGGCUCAAACAUGGUUUGUUCAUUCGACAGCAGUGUGAACCGCUGUGGCAAAACAACGCGUCAACCAACAACUAUCAUUAGCCAUGUCGACCCCAAACACGAUGGUCCUUAUACCACUCAAAAAAGUAAUCAUUCCACUAAAGCGAACGAUCGGACAACAACUGUUAUUCUUGUGGUGAUAAUAGUUGUUUUCGCUUUUUGUGUUUGUUCAUGCGUUUUAAAGAAGAGACUGGCACAGAUGUUGAGUUGGUGUUAUCGUACUGUUGAAGAGGAAGACCAUCAUGAUUUAUCAGUCAUGGAGGACGGAUCAUCGACUGACGGAAAGGGUGUAGAAAAUGCUAAAGAAAACUUAGAAGAUAGUGAUGAGUCAUAUGAGUUAGGAGAUGUUCAUUCAGUUGCAGAGGAACCCCUGUUGAAAGAGGGUAUUCCCGAAAUCUUGGACGACACUGUAACCACCAAAGAGAAAGGUUCCAAGCUACUUAGCAGCUUGUUGGAGAGUGAGUCUUACCAGUACUUAAAGAAAAUCUGUGAUCGUUUGGACACAACCAUGGCAGGCGCUGGUGACUAUCGCGAUGUCUGUUCGUAUUAUGGUAUUGAUCGUUAUGAGAUUGCCUCAAUUUAUGAGAAGCAGAGGGAUGGGCCAUCCAGAGCUCUAAUCGAUUACUUGGCAGCCACACGUGAACAGCUAACAGUGGCUGAGUUUGUAACUGUGGUGAGAAAAGUAGCAAAGAGAGGUGAUGUCGCAAAGCUGUUAGAGGAGUAUGAAGAGGAGUUGUGAGAAAGAAUG